AUGAGCCAGCUCCUGUUCCUUUUGGGUCAGCCUGAUGUUGCACCUGCUAAUCCUGAACCUUUACCUGAUCAUGACCCUAUUCCUUUUGGCAUACCCGACAUUGCACCCCUCAUACCUGACCCAGUUCCUGCACCCAUUGAUCCUCCUGUUGUUGAGCCUUUUGUUCCUCCACCUGCACAUGCACCUACCAAUGAAAUACCCGCACCCCGUCCAGGAGAAGGCACUUCUAGCCAGCAGCCUAGCCAUGAUCAUCAUGUUUCAGCACCUUCUCCUCACGUACAGUCUGCACCUUUUGUUCAUUUUACUUCUUCACCACUUGAUGAGCCACUUAGAGGGUCCCCACCGUAUUCCAUGCCGACCUCAGAUCCCUACCAUCCCUCCUAUUUUGCUGGAUAUACACAAGAUGAGUUGCUUUAUUCUCUUCAGUUCCGACUUGAGGUUAUGAGUCACAUAGUCUUGGAGCUUGAGUCGAUACCACGUCCCUUACCGUGUCCUUGCCAGUCUACUUCAGUUCCCCCUCAUUCAUCACCGCCUCCUUUUGCACGUCCACCUGCUCCUCUUACUCCCUUUCCAUAG